GCAAAAUCAAUAAAUUAUUCCAUUAUCAGCCGUCACUCUUCUACAUCUUGACUACCGUCUUGCUCGAUCAUCAAAAACAAAGCCAUCGGUCAUGACAAAACAGACAAAUUCACCCAGAAAGUUCACAAGGGAUCAAAUCAUGGCCAUGGCAAGACACGAGUACGCUCGUCAAUUAAGCAUAUACACAAUGAAUCAGUUAUCGAAAGGAAGAGCCUCCUCCAGAGUAGUUACCUUGCCAACGUCUACCAUGUCUAGUACUAUUACCGCUUCUACUGUUAGUUCUUCCGCAAGACGGGUCCUUCACGAUAAUACCACUAACGAUAACGCCACGACAUCUGCUACUGCUUCAACUACGAUAACAUGCUGAAUCAAAUCAACGAACAAAAGUUAGACGUUACCCUAUCAAUUUUUCCAAUUUUGUAAAUAUGCUUGAAAGCCUUCAAAGUACCUUUGUAUAACAAUACCCACACCUACAUCUCUCUUAUUCCUUUACAUGUUAAAUGCUUUUCUUUUUUUUUUUUUUUUGCUUUU